UCUGUUCCAGCUCUGGCGGGUCCCCAGAGUGCCGCAGGAUGGAUCCCGUGGUGCUCAGCUACAUGGACAGCCUGCUGAGGCAGUCGGACGUGGCCCUGCUGGAGCCCCCGAACUGGCUCAACGACCACAUCAUCGGCUUCGCCUUCGAGUACUUCGCCAAUGAGCAGUUCCAGGAGUUCGGCCACCGCGUGUGCUUCAUCGGCCCCGAGGUCGCCCAGUUCAUCAAGUGUGCCCUCAGCCAGGAGGAAAUAGCCGUGUUCCUCCAGCCGCUGGACCUUCUCCACAAGGAGCUGGUGUUCCUGCCCAUCAAUGACAACUCCAGCCAGGCCGCUGGGGGCACCCACUGGAGCUUACUGGUGUAUUUCAGGGACAAGAAGUGCUUCGCCCACUACGAUUCCCACAGUAAGUGCAACUCUGCCCAUGCCAGGCAGGUGGCAGGGAAGCUGGAGGCCUUUCUGGGCAAAAGAGGGGGCAAAGCCACCUUUGUGGAGGAGAAAGCGCCGGCGCAGCAGAACAGCUACGACUGCGGGAUGUACGUGAUCUGCAACGCCGAGGCCCUGUGCCACGGGUACUGCCAGGGCCGGCCUGAGCCGGGGCUGCAGCUCCUCACCCCCUCCUACAUCACGCAGAAGAGAUCCGAGUGGAAAGCUCUCAUCACAAAACUGGCACAGAAGUGAUGGGGAUGCACCCCCAGCCCCCCCAAAAACUGCCUGCCCUGUCCUCGAGGCAGCAACCCCAGUGCCUGAGGGAGAUGCCCAUGCACAGGAUUGUCCCAAAGAAGAAGAAUGUAACCCCUCCAGCAUGGCUACACCCCCCAAACACCCCGUUCCCUGUGGGAAAAGCCUUAGUCCCCUCUGGGAAUCACUGGCCUUUCUAACGACAAACGUCACUUUGCUUUCAAAGAAACCCUCUCGAUGAUGAAUUUUUACACUAAUUGCUGUGGCAAACCAGGUUGCUGAGCAGACUUCACCUGUGCCCAGCAGGCAGCACACCCUCGUUAGGUGGCUUUAAUUGGCUCCAGGCAUUGUCCUUCCAAGCCAGGUUUAGCAAAUGCCCUUUAAACCCAAGCCCCCAAGUGCUUUAUCGUGGCUAUUUCUAGUCUGUGCCUCCCACUAGUGGUGUUGGAGCAGUCUGGGAUUUAGCAGCCAGGAUUCUGUGCCCCUGAAAACCUGACACUGAGAUGUCAAAAGAUGAGACUCCAAAGGAAAUGCUAGGAUUAAUUAAAGAACAGGGCAAAACCAAAGUCAGUUUUCUUCAGCCUGGUGCUCCCAGGCUGCCCAGCAAUUGCAUUUUUUUUGUCCCCCACCCCUGCUUGCUCUUAUUGCAAAUUAAAACCCGACUCUGAAUGGCUGGAAGAUUAACAGGAAGCUGAGAAACCCAAUCUUAGGAAAGGAAACUUAAUUGAGAUGAAAAGCAACACUCACUCUUUGAAGCUUGGGGUUUUUCAUUAGGAUUUUAGGUCAUCUCCAUCCAGGGAGGGUUUGUCAGUGCUCCCCAACCCUCGUUAGUGUUGCUGCUGCCUCUAAGACAAAACCAGUUCUAUUACUUGAGAUAAAAAACCCCACAUCAGGGAGAACAAAAGGACAGAGUUUGAGCUUUCUCAAGGUAUAAAAGCCAAAGAUAACUGUGGGCUCCUUGAAGUCCUUAAUGCACUUCAAACUGAAACACUUCCCCUCCCGUGCUGGGUGACGGGAUCUUGGAGUGGAUCCUCUCGUUAAAGCCAAGCUUAGCAGGGGGGGAAAUAAAAAUUGAACUGAGAUGUCA